AUGCCGGGCUUGAGCCGCUCGGAGCGGGCCUCUGGGGCACCAGGGGAUCGAGUGCCCUUUCACGGGGCCAAGAGGCUGCUCCCGUUGGCCUUGGCAGAGUUAUAUGAAGAUGAAGCUAAAAGGCACUCAUCGUGUCCUGACAAGCCAACAACUGCAAAGAUUAGUAACUCAAGAGUACCACAGAGUCUUAAAAUUGAUUCUUUUAGAAGUUUGCGAAAACCAGAGAGAAGCAUGAGCGAUGACAAAGAAAACCAAAGAUUUUAUUCAGGUGACUCAGAGCAUAGAGGAUUACAGAUUUCUGGGGCUUCUAAUAAUCCAAGUAAAAUUGUUGCUGAACUCUUCAAAGAAGCAAAAGAACAUGGGGCUGUCCCAUUAGAUGAAGCCUCAAGAGCAUCUGGUGAUUUCAGUAAAGCUAAGUCAUUUUCUGGUGGGGGAUAUAGAUUGGGUGACUCAUCACGAAAGCGCUCUGAAUACAUAUAUGGAGAAAACCAAGAUGUUCAAAUUUUGCUGAAACUGUGGAGGAAUGGCUUCAGUUUAGAUGAUGGAGAGUUGAGAUCCUAUUCAGAUCCAACAAAUGCUCAGUUUCUUGAAUCCGUUAAAAGGGGAGAAAUUCCUGUGGAACUUCAGCGACUGGUUCAUGGUGGCCAGGUUAAUUUGGAUAUGGAAGACCACCAAGAACAAGAAUAUGUGAAGCCUAGACUGCGAUUCAAAGCUUUCAGUGGAGAAGGGCAAAAACUUGGAAGCCUUACACCUGAAAUAGUCAGCACACCUUCUUCCCCAGAAGAGGAGGAGAAAUCCAUUCUUAAUGCACCUGUUCUGAUUGAUGAUUCCAAACCAGCAACUAAAAUUCAAAUUAGAUUAGCAGAUGGAAGCCGAUUAAUACAAAGAUUUAACCAUACACACAGGAUUAAGGAUAUUCGAGAUUUCAUUAUCCAGUCCCGUCCAGCAUUUGCAACAGCUGAUUUCGUUCUUGUGACUACCUUUCCGAAUAAAGAGCUAACAGAUGAAAACCUGACACUACAAGAAGCAGAUAUACUUAACACUGUGAUUCUUCAACAAUUAAAGUAAUCUUACAGCUCAAUAGCUGUAAGACACAAUAUAGGGAGUGUGCUGUGUUGUCAUACAGGGGUGCUUUGAAAAGAUGAAAAAAGGAAAGAUCAGUGUCUCUCUUCCCCCUCCCCUCUUCCACAGAUCGGAUUUUGGGGUUUAAUGUCUUCCAGCUAUAGCAUACCUAAUUUUAUUUUAUUUUAAUUUCUCAACUCAUUCAAUUUUUUUCAAUGUUCAAAUUAGAUUUCCCUAUGUUAGCAAAUUUCAAAUUGUAUCUUUUACUAAAUGUGAAUGAAAGAUCACUUUCUUAUUCUUCAAUUAUUUUGGGCGGGGGAGAGGGGAACGUUUUUCUGAAGGGAACAGUAUCUUUCACUCAACUUACAAGACUUGCACUGUAGAAAUGUUUUAUGCUGCAUUGACAAAACAGCCAUUUGAAAACUUAGCCAGUAGGUUAUGUUUACCUUCCAAAUUGUAUUAAUGUUAAGGUAUUCCAUUUUGUAGGUUGAAAGAUAAUUAAUGCCCUAAAUAUAACUUUUGUAUAUUCUAUUUUAGUGUUUCAUUGGUGCAGUAUAAUUAUUUAUAUUCUAGAUUUGAUGUAGACUUCCCUAUAUCGCCGAUAUGAAUGAAUCGGUAUCAAGAUAUGCAAAGCGCAGCUGUUGCAGACUAUAUCAUAGGUUGUUCUCAUUUGUAUUCUAGUUGUUCUACUUGUGGUGAAAUUAAGGAUGAUUUUUUUUUUUUUCUUUUCCGCGUUAGAGAAGUGGGAGAGAGAGACCAUUGACAUCUGGAGAAAUGCUCUGAUUCAGAUUUCAUGAGAGUUGGCCUAUGGUCUCCUUGUUUGAAAUUGAAUGUGCAGUCGAGCCUUGUACAGCUACAUGAUUCUUCACGUGACUAAUUACUGCAGUUACCUAAAACAAAAAACAUUUAUGUGCACAAACACAGAACUUGUUUAUGCAUUCACUUACAUGCGCAAAUGUAGAUAUGUUAAUUGGUCAGGUAUUUUUGACCUGAAUGCCAGGUCUUUAUAUUUGGAAUUCUGGCCAAAGGCAUUUUGUAGUAUUCAGUGGGGAUUUGGUUGUGCAACUUUCAUUAUACUCAUUUGGAAGCUGUGUGAUUAAACCCCAUGUUUAAUCUUUGAAAUUAUAUAUUUUUUCAAAUAACUUGGCCCUACCCUGUGGUAUGCAGGUAGGAAUCUUGCGUCAUGGAAAACUGGCUACUAUGCUUUAAUAGUAUGCAGAUUUCUAAUAUUUGUAGCUUUAUAUCAGAUGAGUGGACCACACUCUGAGGGAGAGUUAAUGGGCUGUAUUCCUUGUUCCAGUACAUAUGUUGAAAAUACUGUUUUCACUGAUCUUUUUUUUGAAAAUAUCAGCAUUUAUUUAUCUAUACUUAGCUUAUCAUUGGUCAAUAUACUUGAUUAAUGUUAUAUUUUUACCUCAAAGUACAUAUUUAUGAGUAAAUUUUAAAUGUAUAAUUGUAUUUGAAGUCGUAUGUUUUGUAAUCUGAAUAUCUGCAUGAUUUAAAUCACUACUUUCAUGUGCUAAAGCAAUUAAACUUUUAAGCUUAAAAGACCAUAGGUGACACUUCAUUCUUCCUAAUUUAUGUUGUGAUGAAGCAGUAGUUGUGUUGCAUGCCAAGUACUUAAGCCUAAAGGGAAAGGAAUGGGCAUUUCAUAUGCAUAUAUUUAUAUGUUGCCGCUUCUCUAUACAAAUGCAGAGGCCAGAGUCAGAUUACUUGUACGAUUAGCAUAUAUUAGCAACUAUAUCAUGCUGCUCUCAUUCCUGGUGAAAAUCGAUCCAAUAUUAAAUGAACCAAGGAAGAGCAUGCAAGUACUUAGAGGUGCUAUUACUAGCUUUUCUUCUUGCCCUAAGCUAAGGCUCCAGUGAUCUUUAAAUUGCAUUAUUCUGCAGGGAGAGUAGACUGGGAUGCUCGCUCCCCUUGCUCGUGCGAUUUAAGCCUGACAAACUUCAGAACAGACAUACAGUGUUCUACAGGCAGGUGAGAGAGCGAGCAGCAAGAAUCUGAAUAGUGAACACUGAAUUUGUGACAUGCUGAAAGCAGUAAACUUUUGUAGUUCCUAUCGGGUGGGCACAGUUGGAAUGUGUUCCUGAAGAAAUUAAAACUAAGACUGAUACCAUUCAGUUGAUUACCAAGAGUAGACAGCAACCGUGAUGAAAACUUGGUAAACUGUAGCUAUCAGAUCAACUGCACCUCUGGAGAGUCAAAUGUUAAGUUACAAAUCUGGAACCACCAACUACAGAAAACACUAGCAGCCUGGAAAGUAGCGACCUGAAAGGGAGUUGGACAACGAAAUAGGAAGACAGUGCAGCGGAACUAUUUACACCCCUUACAGAGAUUUACAGAGUUUGACUUUAUGGUUGGGAGAUGAUUUUAACGUCUGUACCUAUCACUUGUGAGUUAUAUGUGCUGGUCCUGGUUCUUAAUGUUAGAAAUUGUACAAAAACAAAAAAUCAUUAAAAAUUAUUUAAAGGUUGAAGAAAAUACGUUGAAAGAGCUCGGUACAGGUAGUUUAUCAGGAAGAAAAUCAUGGCAGAGGUGACUUGACUUGAGCAGUUAUCUUCACAAGGUGGGGGGGGAAGUAUUGCAGGACUCUUAAAAGAGAAAAGCAUAACAAGAAUUGAAAGCUUGUUCAAAUACUUUCAAAGCAAAAAUAAGACUUUUUCCGUAACUAUUGGAAAGAACGAACAAUGAAAAUGAACUUCACUGCUUUCAUUUAAUUUUCAUUGUUACACUUGUUUUCUGUAAGAUGUCUUAAACACAGUUUGUUGCAGUUUCGCUACUUGGGCAACAAGGUGGAAUGAAAGGGCGUAAUAUUUAGACAGCAAUUUUCCUUGCCUUUGCCUAGCCGUACUUGCAGUUAACAGAUUCUUAUGUUUGGUGCAGAAGCAGUUACGAAAUGAUAUCCCUAAGUUCAUCAAAAUUGCUGAAUUUCUUCAUGAGGAAUAAAAUUUCAUUUUCAUGCCUAAAGACUGGAAAUGUUAAAUGCAUCUUCAGUGUUUUCAUUACACCCAUUCCAAGUCUGUUGAACUUAGAUGUUUAACAGAACUCAGGUUUAAAGAAUAGAAGUCACCUUCCUCUACUUCUCACAAACAGCUCUGCUCCUUAAUUAAUUGUUUUGAUUUGUCUCUAAUUAGAGAGCUCUGUAGCAGCUCAUCUGCAUGUUACAGGGAAUGAAAAAAUAAUAAUUUUAAGUUAUUCAUGUAAAAUUUAAAAGUGGGGAUGAUUCUUGUCUGUCUGUUAGUAGCUAUCUGUUCUUGAGAUAAAUAUUUUUGAUUAAUAAACUGCAUAUUUGGGCCCUUUUUUUGGAGGAAAGAGAAGACUUAUUCCAAAGUGGAUUAAGGUAAACUGAACAAGACUGUCUUAAUUGUGGAAUUAAACUUUCCUUUAGGGAAUUAUUCGGGAAGAGCUACUACUUUAAGCUGGAUUGAGGUGAAUUUGUAAAUGUAAUUUGUCUGUGUAGGUGAGCUCUUAAACUAUUUAAAUAUUAAUGACUUAGUACUCCCAAAGGGAAACAUCCAGGAACCAUU